ACCAGUGUUGGAUAAUAACCUAGUUAAUAACAUCUUAAUACGGUCACAUAACAACUAUUUUAAAUUAAACGUACCAUUUUCUAAGACUACAAAUUUAAACAUGCUACCACUAAGAGUCGAAGAGUCGAAUAGCACAGACAGUUCCAGUUCCGGCUCCAUGCAGAUGCUCGACCAUUACCUGGACUUGGAGUCUGCCACUAGCCAACUCUCUUUGGAUACCGCCGACGAUCAAAGACCGACCCUGCGACGUUCGAAUCGGAACACAAGCCGCACGGUUGAAGAUCAGGAGAAUCGCCCUCCCGCAGGCGGUCAACGCCAGACUAACCGGAACUCAGACAGAGGCCAAUCAGCAGCCACAGCGGCCCCUGCACCGAGGCGACGCAAGCAGCGCGGACCCGUGAGCCGGGCCAACCGGAUGAAUCGGGAGAUCCAACGCCUGCGGGCAUGUACUAGACCAUUGAUACCCCGGCUUUCGUUCGGUCGCUUGGUGCAAGAACUGAUGAUGAAGUAUACCUCUCCGUCGUUUAGGAUCACCGAGAGUGCACUUGAGGCGCUGCAAGAGUCUUCGGAGCUUUACUUGACGCAUCGCUUCUCGGACGCCUACUUGCUCACCCAUCAUCGCGGCCGAGUGACACUGGAGGUGCGGGACAUGGCGCUGAUGGCCUAUAUAAUAGACAAUUGUCGUUCCUAGAAUUAUUUCCCCCCGAGUUUAAGUUUAAUAUCUUAGCAAAGGAUACCUGAAAAGUGGACUGGAAACGUGAUUAAAACCAAAUAUAUCCAAUAUAUCUGAUAUAUCUAUGUGCCAACUAUGAAUAAUUUCUGACUAAUAAGUUAAUUCAUUAGUAAAAUGAAUACCAGUGGAGAAAUGUAGCCUCGUGCCUUGUGUAUUUUUAUAUUGUAUCAAUAUAAACUCGAUUAUAAUUUUAUUCUGUAAAUACCUGAAAUCUGUAUUUAAUGUGUUUUAGUUUAUAUUUUUAAAUAUAUAUCUUCCCAACUCCAUUGA